CGUCACCCCUUUACGGUGUUUAAAUAGUUGCUGAGGAACACAAAUGGCCGCAUCCUGCGACCGUAUAGAUUCUGUUUUGUUUUGAUGCGAUCACAAACCAAAAAAUAGCAAUUUUAAGGGAAUAAAAGAGAGAAUUAAACAAUAAUGAUGGACGUAGAACCGCGACCAGAAGAAGUUGGUCAAAUAUUGUUAAAGGUACAAGAUGAUUUACGACAGUUACGUGAGAAGAUUGCACAAGGGGAUACUGCCAACAUUAACAUACAAGAUUUAGAGAAAGCAUUGGCUAAAACUGAAGAGGGUUUACAGAACAAAACAGAACAGAUAAUUAACCAGUAUAAUAAUCAAGUCCAGACUUUACCUUAUGCCACAGCCAGUAGAUUUGACCAGAAUGUAUCGCUAGAAACUACAUUAGAUUUAAGGACACAGAGCAAAGUUGAUGAUGUUAGAAGAAUAUCUGGUCCAGUUUUUCCAAGAGAAAGGAACAUACACCAACCACAACCACCUUCUGGGUCAGGAGCCUUACUCCCUAAGAGGCAGACUGUACAAGUGUCAGGUCCUACGCCAGGGCAACAGGCUAGACAUGUGCUUACACUGAGGACUGUACUGAAUCCACAAAACAAAUAUAACAGAGAUUCAUUAAAUGACAACUUUGGUAUAGUGCUACCACUCAUUCAACAGAGAAAUAAAUCAAAGCAAUUAGGUAAGACAGUUUUGGGUUCUACCAUAGAACCAUUAGCAGUAUUGCCAAGAGCCAAUAGAGUGGACACACAACUUGCCCCACCCGCCAUAACAGAAGACGAUGCCAGAAGGGGUAUACUGAGUCUGAUAGAGAGAGGUCUGAUACCUCCAGCAGCACAGCUAACAUUAGAUCCAUCUCCUGUCAAAAACAGAUUAGCCACUCUUCAUGAUCCCGUGGACAGAACUAAACCACCCCAACAAGCAGAACCUGUUACUACUCUAGCUGGUGUUAGGUUAGAUGUUAGUACAAAGGGAAGUUCUCAGUCAGAUAAUAUCACCAGGAUGCCUGUUGUCCCGCCACAUCCUAAAUCAGCUGGUAGUACAGAGACCAGAACACCAUCAGCCAAGUCCAGGGCUACCACCACCACCAUACCAAUGGUCAAGACCCCGGCUACAAUGAAGACAUAUGAAAUGGUGUACACACAACCAAUGUUACAGCUUGGACCAUGCAGUUUGAAAUGGUUAGCCCACUUAGGUGUAGCAGUUAUAGUGCGACCUCUGUAUUGUAAAGACACACUGUUUAAUCCUCCCCCUACUACUCCAGCCAGUGGAGACCAAAAACAGAUUAUGCACAGAUUUGCUAUACAGAAUGGAAAGAUUCGAGACACAUCAGCAGAUUUUAUGUCAUUUAAACAGCAUUAUUGCUUGUCAUGGGGCAGCAUUGUAACUAUGAUGGGACAUCUACUAAGAUUACUGAACAAAUACAUGAUUCCUAUUGCAUUUAUCAAUGGUGAUAGACUGGCAGAUUUGGCAUUGGAGUUUGAGUUAGAGAAAGCUCCAUCAAUCAGAGAAAUUCUGUCUGUUGUCAUCAACAGAGAUGAUGUGGAGAAUAUAAUAAACAAACCAGGAAGACAAUAUAGAAGUUCAUCAGGACAGGAUAUUGCAGCAACUAGAAUACAAUCAGCGUGGAGAAUGUUCAGGGACAGAUCAGAGUAUCUGGAAUACAGGAGAAAGAAAUGGGCAGCUGGUGUCAUCGCCAUCUCAUGGAUCAUGCAUAUCAAAAUGUCUAAGGUUCGGGAACAACUUCACCAAACCAGAGAUGAUAACCUUGAAGCUUUCAGAAGAAGGGCAAAGAAAUUUGCAAUGUCUUGGGAUCGCAUCAAGAAUUCCAGGAGAGUUAUUAUACACAUUCCUUCUCUUGGGUUGUCACAAGAUAUCAGAGAUAAUAUCAAUGACUUUGCAAUCAGACAGAAUACACAAAUGGCUCGGUUGUGUGAUAUUAGAGAUCCCAAUGUAGAUGUGAUUUAUGUAUCUCCUGUUCCCAUACACGAUGAGACAGAGCAGUAUUAUUCCAAACUUCUGGGUCUGAAGCAUGCAGUAGAUAGUGGAGAAGUGGAGGAUCAAGCUAAUAUGGGGGAGAGAUAUCAUGUUAUCAUGCCAGAGGCUAUAAAUAGCUUCCAGACUGCAACAGGUGGUCACAGAUUUUGUUUGUCAUCACUUCUGAAGUACAGUCCAAGAGCUUUAAGAAGAAUAAAAACAUUAAUUAAAGGACGAGAAGCUUACAUUGUAACUGGUGUACCACACAAGGAUGACUUAGCUAUAGCAGACUUUUUAGAUGUUCCUAUCUUAGCUCCAGAGCCUGAAGUAGCACAUCUAUACUCCACUAAAUCAGGGUGUAAACGUAUCUUUGCCAGUGCCAAUGUAGAAAUGCCUCCAAGUGAAUAUGAUGUUUAUAGUCUGGGUCAGUUACAUGAAAGUUUAGCCCAGUUAGUUACAGAGAAUCUGACAGUACGUAGAUGGUUAUUUAAAUUGGACGAUGAGUUCGAUGGACGAGGGAUAGCUUAUUGUGAUAUUGCAGACCAUUUACAGUGUUAUCCCUGGGCAUUAAAAGAAUCCAGAAGAUAUGGUGAUAAAUGGGACCGUAAAUGGGCUCAGGAAGCUGCUUAUAUUAAGAUACAUGCAGAAAUCCCAGAGGUGCUAGCCACACAUGCAAAGCCAGUAAAUACAAAAUUAUAUCCUACAUGGGAUUCUUUCCUUGAUGCAUUCCUUAGUCAAGGUGGGGUGAUAGAAGCUUGUCCUCCAUCAGACACAACAACAACAAUAUCAGUAGAUAUGUUAAUAGAACCAACAGGAAAAUUCAAUAUAGUAUGUCUAGGUGAUCAAAUUCAUGCAGACACGCCUUUCAGUUGCUGGGGUGUGUCCAUACCACAGUCUUCUAUAGAACCUGAUGAUUUAAACGUUGCUUGUAAAAGAGUGGCUGAAGCAUGUAAAUCCAGGGGUAUUCUGGGACAUUUCUGUGUAGACUUCAUCACAUUUAUUGAUCCUAAAACAGAAACCCAGAAGUUAUGGGCCUUGGACCUAAGUUUACACUUUAGUGACAGUCUGUCUAUGUAUCAGUUAAUGCAGUACGUCAGUAAUGGUGCUCUGGAUACUACUACUCAUGAAUUCAAUGUUCCAGCACCUAAAUCAGAUAGUACAAAACGAAGAAGGAGAAGGCUAGCAGGAGAAAAAGAAGAGGCCCCACCAAACACAAGUAGAUAUGGAGUUAUGAGUACAAAGCUAUUACACACCAACUUAGCAGUGGUACAUUACAGUGUGUUCUUCCAGAUGUGUAGAGCUCAUGGUAUAGGCUAUGAUAUUAAGGAAAAACAAGGCACAGUGUUCACAUUGAUAGAUAAUACAAAGAGAGAAAGAUUAGGAAUGUUAACAAUAGGUGAUGACCUGAAGUCUUCUCUAGCUAACUUUGCCAGAAACUUGUCAACUAUACAUCAAGAGAUAUCAGCACCUAACAUGCAGGGCGAAACUAAUUUCAAGAGUGCUAUAAAGGAUGUUGAAGCAAUUUUGAACAUUACAAUUGAAAAUGCUGAAGAAUAUGAAGAAAUACAGAAAACCUCAUGAGUAAUAAUAGAAAUACAAUAAAUUGCAAUAUUCAUCAAU